UAAAUUUAAAACAAUCAUUUUUCCUUUUGUUUUUUCAUUUUAUCAUAAAUAAAAUACUAUAUUUUAUAAAACAAAGGUAUAUAUUAAAAGUUUCUUUAUUUAUUGUUUAUAUUAUUUGUUUAAAUAAUAUUUGAUUUUUGAGAUUAAUUUUUCUUGCAAAUUAAACAUAUAUAAAGGUAUUAUUAUUUUUAGUAUUCAAGUAGUGUGAGUAAAGGUUCGAGUGGACACGUUAGUGCGCAAGUACAAUUUUUAUCCCCCACCCUUGUUGUGUUUUUUUUUUUUUUUGAAUCAUUUUUUUUUUCGUUUUUCGAAUAUAUAUGUGUGUGUGAUACGUAGAUAUAUAUAUUUCAUCCCUUGCCACCGCCUCAACAGUCACUGCUGCACCCCGUUACGCGUUGUGUAUACAUAUUUUUAAUUUAAAAGUGGGGUACAUUGAAAUAUUCGUUGGGGCUCAUAAUAACGAGUGGCAGCAGCGAAACAACAUCAUCAAGUGGCAACAGAUAGUAACGCGUUUAAUUUUUCAAAUACAAACACACACACACCAAACACCACACAACAACGACAUCGACGUCUUCUUCGUCUCUUUCAUUAUUAUUAUGUUUUUUUAAAUAAAAAAAAAUAUAAAAUGGAGGAGUAUAUUUAUUUGCAAUAUAAUUAAUUGUAAAAAAAAUAAGCAAUAAAAGAAAAUAAGUAAUAAAGUUAUUGUGAUAAUGCUGAAUAGGCACAUCAUCACAAAAGAGAAUAAUUAUUAAGAGAUAAUUAAUAGAUAAAGGAAAAAGGAAAAAAAAGGUACGAAAGAAAAGUGCAAAAAAAAAUAAAUCAGUCCAAAUGAUGGUGGCAAAUAUAAUGCUUGAGAUUUAGAGCCGAUGACGAGGUGCCGUGGUUCUAUAACACCACCAAAGCCGGAUCGUAAUGCGGAUCGUCAACAGAGAAGACUGAAAUUUAGAGUUAAAAAAAUUCGACGAAGACGUCGUCGGUGUCGUGUUGUUGGUGGUGUAUAAAUAUAUAUUAUUAUUUAUAAAUAUAUAAUUUUUUUUUUCUCGUGUGGGUGUGUGUGUGGGAGGUGAAUAAAAAGUGUAUAUUGUUUUUCUUAAAAAAAACCCAACGAAAAUCAUAAGAAAAAAAUUAAAAUAAUAGUUUUGAUAUAUUAUUAAAAAAAAGGGGGUGAAUUUCUAGUCAUUAAAAAUGCCACGCUGUUUAAUGGCAAAAAAAUGGAAGGCAUAUCCUUGGCCUGAUAGACAAGAUGAUGAAGAUAAUCAAGAUAAUGAAAAUUGUUUAGAAAAAACAACAACAACAACGAGUGAGAGUGAAUUGAUUGACACCGUCCGUGAAAGAAGACGAAUGAUUGUUGAGACUGAGGAUGAGGAGAUUGACGUUGUUGGUGAUAGUGGGAACGAUGGCAACAGGGCGAGUCAGCAGACAUGCUGGGGACCCCACAGCCCCACUGCCGGCACCACCGCCCCAAGUCCACCACCACUCAAUGCCUCGGGGGCACUUUACUAUCAUGGGUAUACACACGAGUCAUGGUUACAUCAUGAGGAACCACCAAAAUAUGCAACACUUCGAUCAGCUGCAGAAUUGGCACGUCCCAUAAGUGAAUCACCUACUCCUGAUUCAAAUACUACAAUAUUAACACCACCACCAACAUCUUCUUCUUCUUCUUCCUCAUCAUCAUCAUUAUCAUCACCAUCAUCACCACCAGUUUCUCUACAAACAUCAUCAUCACAAAUUCAAAAUAUUCCAAGAAAUAAAAGUCUUGCAAUGUGUUUUACAAGUACUGGAACAGCAUUGUCUUUACCACCAAAGAAAAAAGAUAUUUAUCGUCCAUAUAGUCUUCAGCCUUGCAAUGAUAUUAUAAGAAAUUCAGCUGAAGAAGAAUUAUCAGCAGCACAAGCAAUAUUGGAUUUAAGUGCAUCACCAGCAGCUCCAAAUAAUUCUAUAUUUAUUCAUACAUUAUCAAUACCACCACCAACACCAGUUAUUCAACAAACACAACCACAACAAUCAUCAUCAUCAUCAACAACACAAUCAGUAAUAACAAUUCAUCAACCAACACCAAUUCCAGUUUCUGUACUAGUACCAGUACCAUCACAUAAUAAUAUACGUCAAGAUCAGAAUACAUCAGAAACAGAAUUAUCAAUUGAAAUAAAUUCUGAUGAUACAAAUAGCAAUAAUGGAAGCAAUAAAACAGUAGCAUAUACUUAUGAAGCAUUUUUUGUAUCUGAUGGAAGAUCAAAACGUCGUUCAACAACAGCAUCAUCAUCAUCAUCAUCAACAACAGCAACAGCAGCAACAGCAACAGCAGCAAUACCAGAAAAAGAAGCAUCACAACCAGAAAGACCAAAAUUUACAUGUACUGAAUGUGGUAAACAAUAUGCAACAUCAUCAAAUUUAUCAAGACAUAAACAAACACAUAGAAGUUUAGAUUCACAGUCAGCUAAAAAAUGUAUACAUUGUGGUAAAGCAUAUGUUAGUAUGCCAGCAUUGGCAAUGCAUGUAUUAACACAUAAAUUAGCACACAGUUGUGGUGUUUGUGGAAAAAUGUUUUCACGUCCUUGGUUAUUACAAGGACAUUUACGUAGUCAUACUGGUGAAAAACCAUAUGGUUGUGCACAUUGUGGUAAAGCAUUUGCUGAUCGUUCAAAUUUACGUGCACAUAUGCAAACACAUUCAUCAGAUAAAAAUUAUGAGUGUUCAAGAUGUCAUAAAACAUUUGCUCUCAAAUCGUACCUGAAUAAACAUCUUGAAUCAGCAUGUUUACGUGAUGAUGAAAUGCAAUUAUCAGAACAAGAUACAGCAUCAUCUGGUCAUCAUUCACCACAAUUAAAUCGUGGAUUGUAGCAUACUGAUGAUGAUGAUAAUGAAAGUUGUCAUAGUUAUUUAGAUAGCUAGCAACUUUUAAAUGAGUAAACACAACAAUACUCACAGUUAGAUGAAAAUAUUCAAUUAAAUUAAAUUUAUUAUAUGCAACAGCAAAUUUUAAAAGAGCCAGUACAAGCCAGAUUUAACUGGAAUUUAAAGAAAUUUAAUUGUCAAUUUGAUGAGCUAUUGAUGCUUGAAAAAAAAAAUACGAUAAAUAAUACUGUUGAGUGCUUAUUUUAAUUAAUUGAAAUGUAGAUUAAGUAGAAAAGUGCCAGUUUACGGAGCUUUUGCGAGUCUUUGAUUUUGCGUGGGACCCAUCAAACUAAUCAAAUAUUCCUAGGAAUAAACAGUCAAAAAAAAAAAAAAAAAAUUAACAGACCUAGGAAUUAUGAAAAUGUCUGCGUUUUACCAAACAAGAAAAAAAUAAAAAAUCUAAAUUUAUCAAAUGGCAUACAAAAACCUCCAUAAUGCCAUUUUUUUUUUUUUUUUGUAGAAAAUAAGUAGAAAAGUGCCAGUAGUCAAAGAAAGAAAACAAACAAAAAAAUUAAUUAAUUAAAAUUUCAUUUAAAAAAAUAAAGAAGAAAAAAAAAAAAAAAAAAAAACGUCCAAUAAUUGUUAAGUCAAAGAUAAACAACAAAUAUUACAAAAAAAAAAAAAAAAAAUUCAUCGAACUUGCUUGUGACGUCCACAAUGAUACGCAGUUCUAGUCAUUCUAGUCGAUUUGUUUAUACCCCUAUAACAUAGGGUAUUAAAUUAAUAAUAAUAAUAAUGAUAUAUAAAUAUACAAAAAUAAAAAAAAUAAAAAUAUAUACAUAAACGAAAAAAAAAAACCAAAAAAAAACCAAAUAAACAAAAAAAAAAAAAAUGCAAAAAAAUAUAUAUAUAUAAAUUAAUUUUAACAAGAAAAAAAAUAUAGUUUAAUUAACAAGCAUUAGUUAAUGCAAACGAGGUUUGUAAAUACAUAUAUAUAUUUAAAAAAAUCAAUGAAAAGACAUUGAUGAAAUAAGAAAGACAAAGAAGGAAAAAACAUUAGCUGGCCAAGUUGAAAAGUCGUGCAAAAAUAAGUACACAAAAGUUGGUAAAUCUUUGACUAAAACUAUAAUCUUUUAAUCUAAAUUUUUUCCCUCUUUAAACUGACUUUUUAUCUGUAUAAUUUUUUUCUCCAAGUUAUUUUGACUUUUCAUAACAACAAGUAUUUUUUAAAAAAAUUAUGGCCUCUAUUAAAAAGCCACAUUUAUUUAUGGUAGUUUAUGUUCGUCACAUUAAUGGAUGCGGUAAAGUCUCAGUCUCACCCUCAAUAUUCACCCUAUAUAUUUUAUCGUAUAUACAUUUAUUUAACAUUGGCUUCACAACUUUAUUCAACAUCACGUGAUAUUCAUGACAAAGAACAUGUUAAACUUCAAUAAAAUUAUCAUUUAUUUAAUUUACUCUAAAUUUUAUAAACAAUAUACGCAACAACUUGUCGCAUCUAUUUAUCCUCAAAUAUAAUUUGUCAUAAAACAUUUUACAAUAGAAGUAAUAUUAAAAAAAAUAUAUAAAAAUUCCAUCAAGAGUCAAAGAUUAAAUAUAUUUUUGAUUCUUCAAUAAAAUUGUGGUUUAAUUUUUAAUAAUUACAUGAAUAUGUAAUUUAAAAAAAAAAAAAGUUUAAACAUAUAUAUAUUGAAAUACGAGAUAAGAGGUGAAUAAAUCUCGAAGCAAUGUUUCGGAAACAACGAAUUAUGAUAACAUCGAAAUAUAUUUAUUCAUAUAUUAAUUAAAAAAAAAAAUUAUAUAAUAAUUCCGAGGUGCAUGCUUAUUUUAGGCGCUUUAAAAAAACUUAACAAAAAAGAAAAUAAAAUUCACAAUUAAGCAAUAGUUUUUUGCAUGUCAUGUAGAAAACACACAUUUACUUUUUUUUUAAAAAAAAAGUAAUAAUAAUAAUACCAAAUUUAGUAUAUAUAUUUUUCAUUACGUUGAUAAUUUUUUUUUUCUUUUUCUUUUUUUUUGCUGAUUAAAAUGUGCAUGCUAUUAAACAGUAAUUAAAAAUAAUUACAAAAUAAACGCAGAAUAAAUAUUAUAAACUAGUCAUUAUUAAAAUCAAAUUAAACAAAAAAUUCCAAGACAUUUUUUAAUGUCAAAUAAUAAUAAUAUUAUAUAAAUUUCGUAAAAACGAAUAGUUAUAAAUAAUAUUUUUACGUAGAAUAUAUAUAAAAUAUCAUAAAUAAUAUAUAUCUACACAAAAUAAUAACAAAAAAAAAAAUUAUAAUAAUUUUCGCUUUGAAAUAAAAUUUCAUUAUAGAUAAAUAAAUUUAUCAUUGAUUUAAAAAUAGAGCAAUAAAUAUAAGCAAUAUUCUUAUCAUAAAAAUAAAACUAUAAUAUUUAUUCGUGUCAAUAUGAAGAAAAAUAAAAAUUGUCGAUUAAUAUUUAGCUCUAAUUUUGAAUGAAAAAAAAAAAAAGAAAAACAAUGGCAUACUGUUACAGCAUCAUAAAGUCAAAUUAAUAUAAAUUUAUUAUUAAUUUAUUAUUAAUUUAGUUAAUUAUUAAUUAUAAGUUCUAGUCAAAUUUUAAUUUUUAAAUAAUUUUGUUAUAAUUUCAGUGAAUUUUUUAAAAUGCUAGUCUCAUUUAUUUAUUUUAAUGUAUUUUAAAUUAUUAUUUAUUAUGUCAAUACAACGAAUUAUGAUUUAUUAAUUUGUUUUUAUUUAUUUAUUUAUUAUAAACAACUUGUGUAUAAUUUAAAUAAUUUUAUAUUUUUUUUUUUCAUAGCAAAAUUAUGGGAACGCUUAGCUGGAAUUAACGAAAGAAGAGCAUAUCUAGGCUUUGUCCUUCUUCGUAAUUAAAAAUAAUAAUUAAUAAUACGGGAUUAUAAAAUUUAAUUAAAAAAUAAUAUUAAUAAAAAAAAUAGUUUAUAUACGAAAAGCUCAACCCCUGUUAUCGCGAGUCCAACGUUACUAGAGGUGCUCAAAAAUUACGUGUACAAAAGAAAAUAAUGAUUUAAAAAAAAUAAAUAAAAAAUUCAUAUUUAAAUUAACGAGAAAUUUAAAAAAAAAAUAAUAAUAUUUGAUGAAAAUAUUUAUUGAUAUAUUAAUAGAUCAUUUAGAAUAUUUGUAGAUUAUUUUAAUUAAGCUUCACUCUUGUAUCGUAUUGACUCUGACUUUUCGUUUUUUUUCAUUUUUGUUUUUUUAAACGAGAACGCUUGACCGGAUUUAUUUUAUCUUGCAUAAUUGUUCCGGUAUAUAUUUUCAUUGAAAAGAAAAAUAAUUAACAGUCUAAUUUUCCUCAAUUUUCUGUGUAUUUUUUUUUUUUUUUUUCAAUUAAGAAACGAGUAUAUUUACGAAGUGAGAUGCUAAUGAUCUUGUGUUGAUAAAUGUAAAUUAAAUAACAGGCUUUAAUUUUUAUAAUUUGUUUCAAUAAUUUUUGAAAACUCUGUAUCUCUUUCUAAAAAAAAAAAAACAUGUGUUGACUUAAAUACACAUGAUUUUAACCGUCCCACUGAAUUAAAAAAUUCGAAACCUGAUAAAUUAUCAGACUGAUGCAGGUUAUUACUGAGGGAACAUUUUUCGUUAAUAUUUAGCAAAAAAAAGACCUUGUUUGAAAUAGAAAAGAAAAAACCAUCAGGAUAAAUUUUUAACUUAUGUAACUAGACAUUAGACCUAGACAAACCUAGAUAAAUUCAUUUAGAAAAAAAAAAAAAAAACGAUAAAUAAAAGCAACAAUUAAAUAAGAUUAAAUAAAUAAUGCGCUUAUGAGGGACGAACAUUGUGUUCAGAUAUAUAGUCUUAGUUAACAUCUGAAUUGAUUUUGAAUAAUAAAUAUUUAUUUACAAAUUUAAUUAAUUAAUAUUUUGCAUUGUAAAAAAUUAAUAACUAAAAUAAAUAUACUCCAUCUGUUUUUAGUUCACCUGAAAAUUAAUUAUAGGUGUUGCCAUUGGUGAAAACACACACACACAGUGACGUUAUUAUCUGAUUGUAGAUUAAAAAUUUAAAAAAAAAAAAAAA